CGAUGGCCGAAUACGACGCCGUCGAGUCCCGCCGCUGGCGCUGCGACCCCGGCGACGACCACCACCCGGGGGAGGACCGCUUCGACGACCUCCCCGACCCGCUCCUCCUCGUCAUCUUCAACCGCAUCGGCGACGUCAAGGCGCUCGGCCGCUGCGCGCUCGUCUCGCGCCGCUUCCACGCCCUCGUCCCGCUCGUCGACUCCGUGCUCGUCCGCGUCGACUGCGUCAUCCCCGACGACCCCGCCUCCUCCGGCCCCCUCUCCUCCGCCGCGCCCUCCUCCCCCACCGCCUCCGCCCGCGCGCGCAACGUCUUCUCCCAGAUCGCGCGCAUGGUCAUCGGCGGCAUCGUCAAGCCCAUCCAGGCGCUCGGCCAGAUCCUCUCCCACGCCAACUCCGCCGCCGACUUCCCGCCCUCCUCCGCGUCCCUCUCCUCCUUCCGCCGCUCCUCCUCCUCCUCCUCCUCGCCCACUCCCGGCGGCGACGUCUCGCACCACUCGCCCUCCGAGGUGCUCCGCUCCUUCAAGGAGCUCCGCACGCUCCACAUCGAGCUCCCCGCGGGCGAGCUCGGCAUGGACGACGGCGUGCUGCUCAAGUGGAAGGCCGACUUCGGCUCCACGCUCGGCAGCUGCGUCAUCCUCGGCGCCGCCUCCGCCUCGCCAUCCUCUACCACCAAGGACAGCGCGACCACACCUCCUGCUACCGAGUCUGACGAUCUAGGGAGCAUACCGGAGUCCUUCUACACGAACGGGGGGCUCAAGCUGCGGGUGCUGUGGACCAUCAGCUCGCUGAUCGCGGCGUCGGCCCGGCAUUACCUGCUGCAGCCCAUCAUCUCCGACCACGCCAUGCUCGAGAGCCUGGACCUGACGGACGCCGAUGGCCAGGGCGUGCUCACCAUGGACAAGUGCCAGCUGCAGGAGCUGCGGGUCAGGCCGGUGUCUGCGUCCGGUGACUCGCACCGGACGCUCAUGCCCGCGCUUAGCAUGCGGCUGUGGUACGCGCCACACAUUGAGCUGCCUGGGGGCACGGUCUUGAAUGGAGCAACGCUGGUGGCCAUCAAGCCGAGCGAGGAGGCGAUGAGGGACGCGGUUGGGACUGGGGCUGCUGGGUCGGCGGCAUGCGGACCCUGGGUUUCAGAUGCCUUCGAGGAGCCGUAUCGGACAGCCGUCAGGAUGCUCCUCAAGCGGAGGAUGUAUACCCUUGAGAUGAACUCCUUCUAAAUUAUGGAUCGAGCGCCAUUCCAGAUGCUUCAUCUGUGAGAGGAUGUAGUUGUAUUCUCACGAGAUGCAACUUGAAGCCUAGUGUAACUUGAGCCAAUGGAGUAGAAGUUCUCUGGCUGACUAUUUUACUCCAGCCUGCGCCUACCUUGCUCAGAGGCUCAGAGGGGCUGCAAGUAGUAUUAAAGUAUGAACACGAAGGAAAGCUGUGCAUCCGUUGUAGAUGUUGGAGCCGCUAGACAAGUCGUCGCUGAGCCUGCUGGUGGUCAGUCCCUCCUAGUAAGCCCUUAUCUUUAUCAGACGUGGCAGUGUUGGAUAGAUUUCCUACACAUCUGUGUCAAGCUGCUGUUAGCACUGUUAAUUUUUGUGUUGGAUUGUAGCUCUUUUUGGAGAGAAGUUACACUCUGCACAUGAAUCUGCAGGUUCGAUUGUGUAUGAAUUUGCAGAACCUGCGUAUAUACUUUGAAGCGAGAGCUAGUGUAGUAGUAGUAUGAUGAUGUGAACCCAAGCGCUGAAGCAUUUUUAUGUGGACAUGCUGAUUGCUGCGUGUUUGUUUUUCGAAGUCAGAUCAAAUAAUCUUUACCUGGAUAUUUGUUCUGUUCCUUGUUA